UUGUCCGGCGUCCGCCUGCCUUCAGAGGCCGGUGUGCUCUGAUUGGACGUUUCUGAGCAACCGCCUCGGCUGUAUAUGUAACCUUUAUGUUAAAUGUUAAAGGUUGAAUAAAUAACCUUUCUGUUAUUCCUUGCCCGGAAGCUUUCCCACUGUCCUGUGGAGAGCUCUAUCUGUCGAGUGUUUGCUCAUUAGGAACAAGCCAUCCUCUGAUGCUUUUAUUUCAUGCCAGAGACUGCAUUUAGUAACUCAGGGGAGAAAGGCUUACAUUGUUACAGCCGUUAAGUUAGAAAUGAGAACACCGUCCUCAGUUUACAAUUAGCUGAGGUGGCGCGACCCUUAACAGUCACGUGUAGUGAUCAUUACUGGGGAAUUCUGCUUGAGGAUGUGCUCCAAACUGAACACACAAGCUGCUCAUGGGCGCCUGCGCCUUAUGCUUGACACAGGCAGGCUGGAUGCAAGAUCCCUCCGUCUCACACGUACAGACGCUCUUCUAACCAAGUUGAACGCAGUGUGCAGGGGAAGAGAACUGGGUGGACAGUCGGACCAUCUACGUGGGACACAAGGAGCCCCCUCCAGGUGCAGAGGCCUACAUUCCACAGAGAUACCCGGACAAUAGAAUCGUCUCCUCCAAGUACACCUUCUGGAACUUCAUACCCAAGAACUUAUUUGAACAGUUCAGAAGAAUAGCCAACUUUUAUUUUCUCAUCAUCUUCCUGGUACAGUUGAUCAUCGACACACCCACAAGUCCAGUGACAAGCGGGCUCCCACUCUUCUUCGUCAUUACUGUCACAGCCAUCAAGCAGGGUUAUGAAGACUGGCUUCGACACAAGGCAGACAGUGCCAUGAACCAGUGCCCCGUGCACUUCAUUCAACAUGGCAAGCUGGUGCGGAAGCAGAGUCGGAAGCUGAGGGUUGGGGAUAUUGUCAUGGUGAAGGAAGAUGAGACCUUUCCCUGUGACCUGAUCUUUCUCUCCAGCAACCGGGCAGAUGGGACAUGCCACGUCACCACAGCCAGCUUAGACGGAGAGUCGAGCCAUAAAACUCACUACGCAGUGCAGGAUACCAAGGGCUUCCACACAGAGGCGGAUGUUGACAGCUUGCACGCCACCAUUGAGUGUGAACAGCCACAGCCCGACCUCUACAAGUUUGUGGGGCGCAUCAAUGUUUACAAUGACCUCAACGACCCUGUAGUGAGGCCACUGGGAUCAGAAAACCUGCUGCUCAGAGGAGCCACCCUCAAAAACACUGAGAAGAUCUUUGGUGUGGCUAUCUACACAGGCAUGGAGACCAAGAUGGCCCUGAACUACCAAUCCAAGUCCCAAAAGAGAUCUGCUGUGGAAAAGUCGAUGAACACAUUCCUGAUCGUGUACCUCUGCAUCCUGGUGAGCAAGGCCCUGAUCAACACGGUGCUGAAGUACGUGUGGCAGAGUGAGCCCUUCCGAGAUGAGCCAUGGUACAACCAGAAGACGGAGUCAGAGCGCCAGAGGAAUCUGUUCCUCAGGGCCUUCACUGACUUCCUGGCCUUCAUGGUCCUCUUCAAUUACAUCAUCCCAGUAUCCAUGUACGUCACCGUGGAGAUGCAGAAGUUCCUCGGCUCCUACUUCAUCACCUGGGAUGAAGACAUGUUUGAUGAGGAAAUGGGGGAAGGGCCUCUGGUCAACACAUCUGAUCUCAACGAGGAGUUGGGACAGGUAGAGUACAUCUUCACUGACAAGACCGGCACCCUUACAGAGAACAACAUGGCCUUUAAGGAGUGCUGCAUCGAGGGCCACGUCUACGUACCCCAUGUCAUCUGCAACGGGCAGGUCCUUCCUGACUCUUCUGGCAUUGACAUGAUCGAUUCUUCCCCAGGUGUCAGUGGAAGGGAACGGGAAGAGCUGUUUUUUAGGGCUAUCUGCCUGUGCCACACUGUCCAAGUGAAAGACGACCAUUGUGGGGACGAUGUCGAUGGUCCCCAGAAAUCUCCAGAUGCAAAGUCCUGUGUGUACAUAUCGUCCUCGCCUGAUGAGGUCGCACUGGUCGAAGGUAUGCAGAGGCUUGGAUUCACAUACCUGAGGCUGAAGGACAAUUACAUGGAAAUACUGAACAGGGAGAACGACAUAGAGAGAUUUGAAUUGCUAGAAGUUCUGACUUUUGACUCUGUGAGGAGAAGAAUGAGCGUGAUUGUAAAAUCUACUACAGGAGAAAUUUAUCUGUUUUGCAAAGGAGCAGAUUCUUCAAUCUUUCCCAGAGUGAUAGAAGGCAAAGUGGACCAGGUCCGGUCUAGAGUGGAACGCAAUGCGGUGGAAGGGUUGCGAACCCUGUGUGUUGCCUACAAGAGGCUCGAGCCAGAACAAUAUGAAGAUGCUUGCCGACUGCUACAGGAUGCCAAAGUGGCGCUUCAGGAUCGGGAGAAGAAGCUGGCAGAAGCCUACGAGCAGAUAGAGAAGGACCUCAUUCUGCUUGGUGCUACAGCUGUUGAGGACCGGCUCCAGGAGAAAGCCGCUGACACAAUUGAGGCACUGCAGAAGGCAGGCAUCAAGGUCUGGGUGCUCACUGGGGACAAGAUGGAGACAGCCUCGGCCACCUGCUAUGCCUGCAAGCUGUUCCGCAGGAGCACGCAGCUGCUGGAGCUGACCACCAAAAAGCUAGAGGAGCAGAGCCUGCAUGACGUGCUCUUCGAGCUCAGCAAGACAGUGCUGCGCUGCAGUGGAAGCCUGACCAGGGACUCCUUCUCAGGCCUCUCCACAGAUAUGCACGACUAUGGUUUAAUCAUCGAUGGAGCCGCACUGUCCUUGAUAAUGAAGCCGAGAGAGGAUGGGAGCUCCUCAGGCAACUACAGAGAGCUCUUCCUGGAGAUCUGCAGGAACUGCAGUGCCGUGCUGUGCUGCCGGAUGGCACCCCUGCAGAAGGCCCAGAUCGUUAAGUUAAUCAAAUUUUCAAAGGAGCAUCCUAUUACCUUGGCGAUUGGUGACGGUGCAAAUGACGUCAGCAUGAUCCUGGAGGCCCACGUGGGCAUAGGCGUCAUUGGGAAAGAGGGCCGCCAGGCUGCAAGGAACAGCGACUAUGCAAUCCCCAAGUUCAAACACUUGAAGAAGAUGCUUCUCGUUCACGGGCAUUUUUAUUAUAUCAGGAUAUCUGAGCUUGUGCAAUACUUCUUUUAUAAGAAUGUCUGCUUCAUUUUCCCUCAGUUUUUGUACCAGUUCUUCUGCGGAUUUUCACAGCAGACUUUGUACGAUACUGCAUAUCUGACUCUCUACAACAUCAGCUUCACUUCCCUCCCGAUUCUCCUGUACAGCCUCAUGGAGCAGCACGUGGGCAUUGACGUGCUCAAGAGAGACCCGUCCCUCUACAGAGACAUUGCCAAGAACGCGCUGCUGCGCUGGCGGCUGUUCAUAUACUGGACGUUUCUCGGCGUUUUUGACGCUUUGGUAUUUUUCUUUGGUGCUUAUUUCAUGUUUGAGAACACAACCGUGACCAUCAAUGGACAGAUGUUUGGGAACUGGACCUUUGGGACUCUGGUGUUCACUGUGAUGGUGUUCACUGUCACACUGAAGCUCGCACUGGACACACAUUACUGGACUUGGAUAAACCACUUUGUCAUCUGGGGGUCGCUGCUGUUCUACAUCGUCUUCUCCCUGCUCUGGGGAGGGAUUAUCUGGCCGUUCCUCAGCUACCAGCGGAUGUACUAUGUGUUCAUAUACAUGCUGUCCAGCGGGCCUGCCUGGUUGGGCAUCAUAUUGCUUGUCACAGUCGGCCUCCUCCCUGAUGUCCUCAAGAAGGUCCUGUGCAGGCAGUUGUGGCCCACGGCAACGGAGAGAACUCAGACUGUACAGCUCCGGGACAGCAUUUCAGAAUUCACCCCUCUGGCCUCUCUGCAGAGCCGGGGUGCUCAGGGCACCAGACUCUUGGCUGCCCAAUGCAGCUCCCCCUCUGGGAGAGUUGUAUGCUCCAGGUGGGAGAGCGAAGAGUAUCCUGUGCUCCCUACUCACCCAGGCCUUCUCCACAAGGCGAGGUAUGGGUGCUGUAGGUCCAGCCUGGAGACACCCACUUGAUGGACAGACAACCCCUCUGUCCCCACCUCUGAGAGAACUCUGUUCCUGGGCACCUGCGUGUGCCUGCGCCUGUCCCACCCUUCAUCCUCAGGGAGGGGAGGGUGGGGUCACAGAUUGCCCACUUAAGCACAGCACACUGCAAUCUGGACCGUGCGUGACCUAGACCUGGUGACCGUACGUCCGUAUAUCCAGUUGGGCUGUGGACAAGGACAUUAUGCUUGGCCUCAUCUUAAGCCUUGCCAGCCUGAGCAUCCACCCUGCUGCUACUGCUGCUGCUGCUGCUGCUGCUGCUGCUGCUGCUGCUGUCACUUCUGCUGUCUCUUGAGAAGAAGAUCCUAUCCCUUCGUCUGCAGCCCUGUGCACAGCACAUGGCGUUCAGCUCACACUGUAUCCCGAUGUUCCCAACCCAUUGUUUCCUGUGUAAACUGUGCCCGCUUCCCACCGGGAAAGUGGCUGUGUCAGACACUAAGUGGUGUGUGUCUCCUGGACCUGUGGCCUCGCUGUGCUUACGUUCACUGUCCCCUCACAAAGCCGUCUUUCUAGAUCAUGUCUGAGUCAGUUUGCUGAGAUGCUGACCCUACACAUGGGAGCUUUUGAAGAUGUCAGCCUCCCCUUCCUGUCACCGCUUGCCUGUGGAAGAUGACAUUUAUUUAUGUGAAUAAGUCACAUGGUUAGCCAAGUCUCUCAGGAGUGUAGUGAUUUCCGUCCCAUUCUGGAAUUAUGUCAGUUACCUAUUGGAAAACAUUUGUUUCAUGGGUGCUGGGAAAGGUGGAGGUUUGGGGGUGCCUAGGCAGGCAGGUAUUUAUCUCGCCCAGAGGUGAGUCCCGAUAACCAAGCUGUCUGGGGCUAAUGUGGAUUCGUUUGUUCUAGUCUGCUGCUCAGCCUGCCUCCCACUGGUGUCACGAAAGUUCCAUCCAGGGCUUCACCUGGAGCCGACAGGCCGUCAGGAGGCCGCUGUACUCUGUGGCCACUGUGAAUCUCUGCUGCUGCCCGCACUGGUGUUUCUGUUCUCAGCAAAGCACCCAACAGUGCUAUAACGGGCCUGACUCAAGAUGUUUUAGUGUGAUGUGGCCUUUCAGAAAGUGCCAGGCAGAGCCUGGGAUCAGUGUCCCCACUCCUGUGGAGUCAUGUUGUGGGCCUGGAGCCAUCAUGAGGGUCUCUGGCACUUGAGAGCCUGUAUUCUGGGAAGCACAAAUUUUAUACCAUGAUUACACAAGGUUUCCCUGUAAACCGUGUGCUUGAACUGGGGACCAGCCAGCAGUAGGAACAGUUGUUACACCUGGCAGUUGAGGGAGGUUGGGGGAACAUAAACGCCACACCAAAGAUGGGGAGGGGCUGGCCUUGAGCUUUGACCAGACAGAGGGCGUCCAGCUCCGCUGAGGGCUGUCUGUGCCUCCACACCCUCAUGCCCGUUCACCCACCUGUCACCGUGUGUCAGAGGCCUGGAGCCCCGGUCCUCAGUAGCCCUUAGUGUGUGUGUUUUUACAGACCUUUUAAGAACCCAGAUGGGUUCAAAUAUAAUACCUGUGGGGAGGGGCAGAUUCUCUCUGUGUUUAGUUAACAAAUUAUUUGUAAUGUAUUUUUUUAAGGAUCUUAAAAUUACCUUUGCACUAAAGUAUUUUCAUAGCUGUUUCUAUAUCUUACUCAUUCGUUGAUGUACCUUCUGAUUUUUAAAUGUUUUUAAAGCUUUCACGUUUUAAGUUGAAGAGUUUUGGCCACUGUAAGUGCUGGUGAGUGUUUCAGCAGAAUGUUUCCUCUCUGGCAGGGACCUCUCUAAUUCCCCUGUGUGCCUCUCUCUCUCUUGGUGUUUCCAGGGACUGACGAGCUGAGGCGAGCUGAGGGCGAACCAUUCCUCUGCUUGCUUCAGCGCAGUUCUUUGUCACUUCAUGGUUUCUAUUUUGUUUUUUUCUUCAUCCUUCAGCCUUAAACAAUGUUCUUCAUGCGGCCCUCGCUGGGUGUGGGGGACACUCUCCUGCACCACCCCCCAGUAGCUGAAGUUUACAUAGGAACAUCCCAGACUGUGUGCACACUCCAAUGUCCUGUAAAAUUGUGCUUAGGAAAUUACCUAAUGAAGUUGCCUGGAACUUUGAAAUAGACCUGGGCACCGGUGAAACGCAGAGACAGAGACCAAACACGCAUGCGGAAGAUUGUCCCCUCAUCUCACAGUGGCUACUGUUUACUUUUCUUAAAGCAAGGAACGUCAACUCAAAUUAAGCAUCUUUUUCUUAACUCUGUUGCAUAAAUGAGCAUUCAUGGCUUACUACAUUGGCCGGAAUUCAUGGCUCUGCCCUAUGAGCAGUUCAUCUCACAUAUGUUCAAGGAGCCCUGGCUUCACGUGUUCUCUUUCUUUCUGCUCCUUACACACUCGUGCCAUGUACAAGCGUGUAUACCCAAAUACACAUGUGCAUACACAAACACACAUGUGCAUUCUUCUUCAAGACCAUGUACCAGCCUGCCCUCUGACAGCCCUGUGCAGAGAUGUUCCCCUCUGGACUGUCAGCCUCCUUAAACACAAACACACACACACACACACACACACACACACACACACGGAAGAGUGCUUGGGCUGUGCUCACAUGUGGGCUGUGUAAGAGCUGUGCUGGACUGAGCGCUCCCCCCCAGUCAGGACCUCCCCUUGCUUCCUCAGUCCAGCGAGCAGGAUUCAGGCUAACGAAAGCUGCAUACCAUCCUGAGUACAGGUGCCUGCCCCUGCCACACACUAGCUAGGAAAGCCUGUCCCCAAAUCCCAGCGAUCCAUUCCUGAGUACAAGCAGACCAAAGGCCCCACCCAGGGGGAUGGCGCAGCCAAAGCUAGAACAAGGUAACCGAGUGUUCAUCUGAGCACAUUUCCCAGGGUCAGUGGCUGAAAGUCGUGAGUGCCAUCGUGGCCACCCAGGUUGUUAAGCAUCACCCAGGUGUCUGGUGUCUGGAGGAAGCUCCAGCCUGGGUCUCUGAACCCCCAAGUUCAAGGCAUAUCUGCACCGACUGGUACUGGACUCACCCAUCCACACGUCACCUUAGUGUCACUUAUUGGCAACGCCAUAGAACAGCAGGCCCUUGCAUUCUACAUUUCUUUUGGAAGUUACCCAUUCAUGAGUAAAAACAGGAAAAUGUCACUUGGUAAAUGCAAUCUUUUUGUUUUAAAACCUAGAAGACGGGUGAAUGGGAAGGGGAGUGGUUCUGAUACUGUGUCUGAACAAAGCUUUAAUGAAGAUAUGUAUGUUGGAAGUAUUAUGAAAGUGUGAUUCUAAUUUUGCAGAAAAAAGUCUAUCAAUUUAUAUAGCUUUAUUUUUUACCUUAUCAAGAGAUACAGAAUUUUAAUAUGCAUAUAUUGUCUGACUUAGAAUCAUGUGUGUCUGCAUUACCACUUAAAAUGUUCAUCUAGUAUGUAAUGUAUGAAUAAGAGAGAAUCGGAGAUGUAUUUAACAUGAAUGGUUAUCUGUAGCUGUCGUUAUAAGUACUUGGAUUUAUUUUAAAUUAUCAAAUAUAGCAAGCACAUUAAACAUCAUUCUCCAACACUAAUGUUUAACUGAGAGCCCAGUAACCUGCUUUGAAAAAUUAAAUUGUGAAUUAAACCAGAUCAAACAUCUCA